AUGGCAAAAGACGCAGACGUUGAGAAAGGGUCCCCGAGAGGGCAACAAGGGUAUAUUGCCGAUAAUACCCUUAUACAUGAAUUGGAAAUCGUCAAUAUCGACUAUUCUGGCGCAAGAACAACAUUAAGCCAGGAAGAAGUCGACCUUGUCAGGAAACUAGACAAAUGGAUAAUGAUUUUCCCAGAAUACAAUACAUGCAUUUCUAUCCUCACCGUGGGAUACUUGAUUGGGCAGAUACCAUCGAACAUGUACCUCACACGGACUAAGCCGUCGUAUUACAUAUCAUUCUUCAUGGCUCUCUGGGCCAUUGCUUCUGGCCUGACAGCUUUAGCAAAGGAUUUCAAAGGGCUUUUACUGACACGCUUCUUUCUUGGUGUCCUGGAGGCUCCGUAUUACCCUGGUGCGCUAUAUUUGCUAUCAAUCUUCUACACACGUAAGGAGAUUGCCACCCGGAUUUGCAUACUUUACACUGGCAACAUACUAGCCACCGCAUUUGCUGGUUUAAUCGCUGCUGGAAUAUUUGCAGGAAUGGAUGGACGGUCUGGCAUCAAAGGGUGGCAGUGGCUCUUCAUUUUACUUGGAAUCACCACCUUUCUGGUUGCUUUUGGAUCAGCAUUCACACUCCCAGAUGACCCACUAAAUACCAAAUGGCUGACACUGAAGGAACGCGAGCUUGCUCACCGUCGCAUUGUCAGCGAUACUGUUGACCAACAAUCCCAAAUUACAAUUUGGACAGGGCUCAAAGAGGCCAUCAAGGACUAUCGCCUAUGGAUAUUUGCCUUGAUGCAACACCUCCAUCUUGCUGCAAAUGGGUUCAAGUAUUUCUUCCCUACAGUUGUCCAGACACUCGGCUUUAGCAGACUCAUAACCCUAGUUUUAACAUGCCCGCCGUACAUAAUCGCCGGUUUUAUCUGUAUCUUCUGGUCGAUCAGCUCCGGGCGAUCCAACGAGCGAACAUGGCAUAUAAUAACCGCGAAGGCUGUUGCGGUAGUUGGCUUCGCAAUCGCAUGCGGCACGUUAAACGUAGGGGCGCGAUAUGCGGGGAUGAUCAUUUUUACCACCGGCACCUAUGCAGUCAAUUCGAUUAUCCUGGGCUGGGUAGGUUCCACAUGCGGCCAAACGAAGGAGAAGAAAUCGACGUCGCUCGCGCUAGUCAAUACUAUUUCUAAUGUGUCCUUCAUAUGGACUCCUGUGAGUUCCCUGUUCACUGGUUCUCCUUCUACAGCUUUCUUGCAAGAUUGCCUUCCCUCUAUUUCUUCGAAGCUCUCCACUCAUAGCCAUAUCAUUUCCCACUGCGUGACAGUAUCUUUGGCCCAGUUCCGACAAACCACGGUAUUUAAUCGCCAUGUCUUCCAGCAUUGGGUUAUCCAUUGCAACUGCAGCGGUUGCAUGGGGAAUGCGAAUUGUCCUCGUGAAGAGAAACAAAAAGAUCAAACAGGCGAAUGA